AUGGAGCUUGAUGAGUUGAGAAAUAAUGGUUGGAAUGAUUUUAUACAGAGUGUGCAAUCAUUUUGUGAAGAACAUGAUAUUAAUAUGCCUGAUAUGGGUGCCCGUCAUACAAUAGGCACUUGCCGUUCUUGUCAACAAAGAGAUUGUAUCAUAGUUGAGCAUUAUUAUCAUAUUGAUAUAUUCAAUGAGGUAAUAGAUUAUCAGUUGGGGGAGUUAAAUACUAGAUUUCCAAAUGGGACUGUGGAACUCCUUUCUCUUAGCUCAGCAUUAGAUCCUCAUUAUCAGUUGGGGGAGUUAAAUAUUAGAUUUCCAAAUGGGACUGUGGAACUCCUUUCUCUUAGCUCAGCAUUAGAUCCUCGUGAUGCUUUCAAGCGAUUUAACAUUGAUGAUAUAUGCACUCUUGCUGAGAAAUUUUACCCUUUAGAUUUCACUACAACUGAGUUGCAUGUUUUAAAUCAGCAAUUGAGAUUUUAUAAGAUUGAUAUGGAUUGCAUUCAAGCCUUCAAGAAUAUUGAUUCCAUCCCUAUAUUACUUGAGCACUUAAUUGAGACAAAAUUAGCAGAAACAUACUGCUUGAUUGACAGAUUGAUUCGUUUGGUGCUAACUCUUCCUGUGUCUACAACAACAACAGAACGAGCAUUUUCAUGUAUGAGACUUAUUAAAAAUCGACUUCGGAAUAAGAUAGGUGAUGAGUUUCUUGCUGAUUGUAUGCUACUUCAGAGUGAAAGAGAAUUAGCUUAUAAUAUAGAUAAUGAAUCAAUAAUUGGUGAUUUUAAUGCUGUGAAGACUCGAAGGGUGCAACUUAUAUAA